UGAUGGAUUUAUUAGAAGAUUUGAGAAUAAUUGGGUUCUUACCGGAGGAUAUUUAAUAUUUGCAACUGUGAUGUUUCUUUCAAAUCUUAUCUCAGUAACGUCACUUAAUGCUGCCGGAAUUUUUUUAUUUUUUGCUGGAACAUGCUACGGUAAGAUAUGA